UCGGUAACCAAGAGUAACAACAAACUAAAAAUCUAUAAAGUGUCUCGGUUAUUUUGUUGUUAUUUGUUCAAUGAUUUUCCUCUGUCUCACUUUCAGUGUUUAAUUGUUUACUUUUAAUCAUUUUUAUUUAUUCUUUUUCACUUAAAAUCAACAAUGGAAUCAAAAUCAACAACUAAAUCAUCUUCUUCCAAUGAGAACAUUUUCCUUUUCAUUCCAAACCUGAUCGGUUAUGCUCGCAUCAUAUUGGCUUUCAUUUCUUUCUACUACAUGAAAGAUGAUUACAAGAAAGCGUUGAUUUGUUACUUCUUGAGCGCUUUUCUGGAUGCUUUCGAUGGCCAUGCCGCGAGAGCGUUUAACCAAUCGACUAAAUUUGGAGCCAUUUUGGAUCAACUCACCGAUCGAUGCGGAACAAUGUGUUUGGUUAUGGUUCUUGGUCUUUUCUAUCCUCGAUACAUGUUCUUCUUCCAGUUGAUCAAUUUAAUUGACAUCGCCGGUCACUGGGUUCACAUUUGGGGGUCACUUUUACAAGGGAAAACGAGCCAUAAAUUCAUUGAUCUGAGUGAGAACAAAAUUCUCAGAAUUUAUUAUACAUCAAGAGCAGUUCUUUUCUUCAUGUGUUUCUUCAAUGAGGUUUUCUAUGUGUCUCUCUACUUAUGUCACUUUACUUCAGGACCAAAUGUUAAAUUUGUAAAUGUUGGAUUGUAUCCAUUGAUUGCAUGGAUUUCAGGACCGAUCGCUAUACUCAAGCUUAUCAUUACCAUUCUUCAGGCGAUGUCUGCAGUAAUUAACAUUGGAUCGAUUGAUGUAUUGGAGAGAUCACAGAAAGCAAAUUAAUCCAAUUAAAGUUACGUCGAAUCAUCAGAUUUGCUCUUUACUUUAUCCUCUCAUCUUUAUCAUCUCUACUCAUCUUCAACAUUGUCAUCGUCAAGAUUAAUCAGCAUAAAGAGUGAGACAAACAUUUAAAGCAAAAGCAUUUAAAUGCACCAGUAAACUCGUAUUCAUAUUAUAUAUUUAAUCCAUCUAACCAACCAUGCGAAUUGAAUCAAAGUUUAUUUUCAAUGAGAAAACCUUUAGGAUUCCAAUGAACUAUCAUGAUCUAGAAAAAGAGAGAGAGAGAGAGAGAGAACUGAAUUGUGGAGAGACUGUAACUUGACGAUGGUGACCAGAUAAGUGGAAUACAAAAGGUUAACCAGGUUAACAAUUCGAUGGAAAUGAAAAGCAUCUUCCAAAAAGAAAAACGGAUGGAAUUAACCCUAUAUUUCCGGUUCUUUUGUAAAUUGUUGUCAUCGUGCGUUAGAAUCAAAACAAAGUCAUAGGAAUAUAUUAUUAUGAUGGAAGACAAAAGGUAUCACACCAAACACAACAUUCAGCUUAAUAUAAUGAGAGAGCAACUUGAACCACAAAUAUCAUCAAUUCCAAGGGUGUGGCAAGUGUUUCUUUUUUUAUAUUUUGCUUGGAAAGAGCAAAAUGGAAAAGGAUAUUUUAUUUUCUCUUCUCUCUCUCUCUCUCACUCAGGAUGAGAAAUUAAAAUUAAUGUUAACCUGAUGUAAAGCUAAUUCUGACCUGAUAGAGAUCCUCCCUCAUCAUAAUCAUAAUCUACAUCAUUAUUAUUAUCUUCAUCUUUCUCUCUCUCUCUCUCUCUUCCCUUUGGAAAUGAUAUUUUUUUGUUUGUUAUCAACACGCGAAAGUCAACAAAUCAAAUCAAUGGCAAAGGAACAGAAUCAAAGCAAUAUUAUCAUUAAAUCAUAAAAUAGAUGAUGAAUUUUCCUGUUCAUCAUUUUCUCAUGAUGGUUCUAAUCAUAGUAAUCAUCAUCAUCUUACUUUGAUUGAAUAUAAUAUCAACUCCAUUCUGAUGAUAAUGGUUUCCAAUGAUUAUCUUUUAUUUUCAUUCCAAUUUUAUGUUGUUACAUUAUUUUGAUUAUUAUUGUUACUUUUUAUUGUCACAUUGUCCAUCAUCUAUGUCCAGUUAUCUUCAAAUGGUCAUCUUGUUAUUAUUAUUACUGUUACAAUCGUUGUAGUCACAAACUCAUUCAACUAAAUGUAAACACGAAAAAAGAGUUAACCAAAUCAAUGUUUACAUUACUAGUGAUUCGGAUGAAAAUUAAAUCAAUUGUCUUAAUAAACUAAACACAAUCAAUGUUGAGCUCUUAUACUUGAUAAAAGAUUAGUAUUAA